GUUACUAUAUCCUUCUUGGAUUAAAUUAAGAUUUUUAUAAAUAAUUCCUCAAAUAUUAUACUGUAUGUUAUGCAAAAUAUCCUAAAGCAGCUCCUAACUGGCCAAGUCAGGACAACCUCCUAAAAAUAAGAGACUUAUCAGUCCUAACUUCAAGACAAUUAAGGUUUUGGCCGAAGAGCAAUUCACAUUGCAUUAUAUUGCUAAAAGUAGCUCUGAAGUCUGUGAGAAGUUAGAGGGAGUUCAGAGGACUACUAGUCACUGUCCUACUCACAAUCAGCUGCCAGUGUCAGUGUUUAUAGCACUGAUGAAAUUUCAAUAUCUCAGCUGUCAGAAUGAUUCAUUUUGUGGAUAAACGAUAUCAGACACCAAUUACUAUUCAAAGCAGAGUAUUUUCUAUAUUUCUAAAACAUGUUUGUUUUACUCUUUCAGCUUAGAACAAAAACACAGAAGAAGUAGGCGGACACCAACAUAAACCACACUAAACCACUGAAAACACUGUGUGAUUGAUAACACAGAUUCUAAAAUAAUUAGAAUCAACAACAUGGCAUGAUUACAAAGUCUAUAUAAUCUUCCAUCUGGUUUGUUGUUAUUACUGCUGGUAAAUGGAAAUGUUAGUUUGCAUUUUUAACUCUUUGUCGCAGAGAUUUGCCCCAAACUUGUCUUUUUAGAUGUCAAACUACAUACUCUAUGUACUAACUAGUCCAUUUACUGACAGCAGACAUUUAUGUCUUCUAAAAAAAACUGCACAUAUGAAUUACAACUUCAUGCAAUAAAACUGUUUGUUUCCGUUUUAACUUGUAAUUGUUUUCUGCAUCCUGUUGUGUGUUUUUAUCAUCAGACCAUCAGCUGCUACAGGAGACAUUUCUGACAGCUGCACAUCAAUAUCUCUGCUCUCUUUCUCUCUCUUUUGUUUUCAAAUUCGUUGUAUUGUCAUAAUCAUUAGUACAAUAUUUGCUGAAUCAGGUUGUAUUAGAGUUAAAUGUCAGUAAUAACUCUGAAUGUAAGGACGAAAUACCACAAAUGAUUUGCACAUUACUGCAAAGCUACUGAAAUGAAAGAAAAACAAAUCGUACAAAUAAUUGAACAAACUAGUAUAAAUAAAUGUUAUUUUAAAAUUAAGGUUACGAGGUUACGUCAUGCCAACAGAACCUUGAUUCCUCACUUUGCACCUGAACUUGGACCCGAGUGGACCUAUCGCAAAGCUUGGAUACUGGAAAGUGAACUCUUGGAAAACUCUUCAACUCUAAAGCGGAUCUUGUUGGAAAACAAAACUACUUGGAUCUCUGAACAACUACUUGGACUUCUGAACUCUUGUGGACAACUGAACAAGUUGGAAAUGGCCCUCGGAGGACCCCUCUCCACUGGUGACCACCUGCUGACUGGAGUCGCCCAUGAGAUGGACCGUGACCCGGCAGGGAGAAGACAGAAACGUGCAGCUUUAAGGUUCUGCGUGUGCGCGUCCUGCGUCCAGGAUGCCGCCGACUCCUGCACGUCCUGACGGUGGCUCCUUUCAGCGUGUCGACUACCUUGUUGAGUGUCCUGCAGGAGACGGCGUCCCUGAAGUCAUCAGGAUCCUGGACCACGAUGAUGACAACAAUCUCCCCAUCUGCAUCUCUUCUGACAAGAAGGAGGAGGGUGAGGUUGCGGUAAGUAUUGUACGUACAGGUGGAGGUGAGGACGUUCCUCCGUUCUCUUCUGAUGAAGAGAGUGACGAAGAGGAGGAUGAAGACACCGAAGACAGUGAGGGCUGGUCUGACUCGUCAAGCGAGGAUACUGGAUAUGACAGUCUGUCCGAAGAUGAAGAGGAAUUAGAAGACGACCACAUCAGAUGUCGCUCUCCUCUCGUCCAGCAGCUCUCACCAGAGAACAUUUGGCAGCAUUGGAGAGAAGCUUGUCCUCCUGUUCCUGCUGGUUCUCCUGUUCCUGCUGGUCCUCCUGUUCCUGCUGGUUCUCCUGUUCCUGUUGCUGCUCCUGUUGUUGUUCCUCAGCAGCUGACUGCCAGGCGUCCACCGGUACCUGUUCGGCACCGCAAGCCCCGAGGAGCUUCAGCAUCCCAACGGCCUGAAGAGUCUACUCCUUCAACCGCCAGCCUCAGCUCGUCCAUGAAGAGGAGCAGGGAAGACAGCCACUGGGAGAGGGUGACUGCUAAGCGGCCAAGGUGGAACUGUGAGGAGAGAACGGACAACUCAGCUCCCUCAACUUCAGACCACAGCUCUUCUACAAACAGAAGCUGGGACGAGAGCUACAGAGACUCACUACUUUUAUUCUCCGGCCUCAGCUUGUACACGAAGAAGAGCAGGGGAGACAGUGACUCGGAGGAGGUGACUGCUAAGCGCCUGAAGAGGGACUGUGAGGAAAGACCUGACAACUCCGCUCCCCCAACGUCAGACCUCAGCUCCUCUCCAAUCAGCAGCAGGGACGAGAGCUACGGAUACGCAGAGCCCUCAACUUCAAGUGGCAUCUCUGCAUCUACAAACAGGCCAUUCCGGGAGCGUCAUUUUGGGAUCCCGUUGUGGGCUUAUGACAGCGACUCAGACUAG